UUACCCUUGGCUGCGUACGAAACAAGUUGCGCUUACAACAGCUGCAUUUCAGUAGGCUACGCCUUCUACUUGUUCAAUUGAGCCUUGCAAUCACUGGAUGUACGUGCGCGCCCCCGCUUUACAGCGACAAGAUGGCGGGUGCCGCCGGAUCAGGCAUCAAAGUUCCACGAAACUUCCGGCUUCUUGAAGAGCUGGAGGAAGGUCAGAAGGGCAUUGGCGAUGGGACUGUCAGUUGGGGUCUGGAGGACGACGAGGACAUGACACUCACACGCUGGAAUGGAACCAUUAUAGGCCCCCCCAGGACAAUUUAUGAGAACAGGAUUUACAGUUUGAAAGUGGAAUGUGGACCGAGAUACCCGGAGAUACCCCCGUUUGUCCGAUUCCUUACCAAGAUCAAUCUGAACGGUGUGCACAACUCCAAUGGAGUGGUUGACAUACGCGCGGUGUCCUCACUGUCCAAGUGGCAGACCUCGUACAGCAUCCGCGUGGUUCUGCAGGAGCUGCGGAGACUCAUGAUGUGCAAGGAGAACCUGAAGCUUCCGCAGCCCCCCGAGGGGCAACUCUACAACAACUGACCCCUCGUCCCCUCGUCCCCUCGUCCCCUCGUCCCCCUGCCCCUCGUCCAGCCCCCCUUAUCUACAGCCACCUUCCUUCCAUACUGUUCAGCACACUUCUACAUCACAUACACACACACACACACACACACACACACACGUGCACUCAAAAACACAUUGCACGACACCACUUAUGCACAUAGACACACAGACACACAACGUCCCCACCGGCAUUCGUAUACACAGACUCUUCAAAGUUUUUGCAAGACUCUUGAAAAAUGAAAACAGAUCCAUCCUCAGUAUCCCUUGCCCUGCUUCCAUGCUAUUCCCACUUCCUUUUUGCUGCAGCACCCAGUGAGCGCUUCCCCCAGCAGGAGACUUCACUGGACAGAAGAGAUGGAUGCACAGGCGGGCAACAACCCCCACCCCCCAUGCAGACCAGACAUUAUAAUACGGAAGAAAAAAAAGAAAAGCAAAUACUGUACAUCUUACUAUUUUUUUCUUUUUUUUUUUAAUCUUUAUUUGUUAUACAUGCAGAUUGUGAAAAUAACAUAAAUGGUCUUAUUAAGUGUG